AUGCGUCUAGUCCAGAUCGCCGCAAGCGCAGCGGCGCUGCUCUCCACAGGCGCCAAUGCCGCAAUCCCGGAGCUCCCGCUGCCGCAGUCCUGCAGCGGCGUCAGCAGCUCCCGGUUCCAGUACACAGUGGCGUCGGGAUGGUCGGCGUUCAAGAUUGCCGGCGGUCUGAAGCAAGUCCGGACCAUCGUCUGGGACACCGAGGGCAACAUGCUGGUUGCCCAGUCCGGCAGGGGCAUCUCGGUGCACACGUUCGGCGCCGACGGAUGCAUCAACAGCACCAGCAUGCUCAUCCAGGCCAACCAGCUCAACCACGGGCUGGCCCUGUCGCCGGACGGCAAGACCCUGUAUGCCAGCGGUGAAACCGCUGUCUACAGUUGGAGCUACGACCCGGUCGCCCGAGCCCUCAGCAACCAGAAAACCCUCAUUUCCGGCAUCUCCACGGGCAUCCACUUCACCCGAACCAUUGCUGCGGUGCCCAACUCGGACCUGAUUCUCGUCCAAGUCGGCAGCAAUCAGAACCUUGACAUGGCUGCGGCGAGCCCCUCCACCGGCAGGGCAAUCAUCAAGAUCUUCGACACCACCAAAGCGCCCGCCAGCGGGUUCAACUACAACACGAACGGCGAGGUGUUUGGCUACGGUCUGCGCAACACUAUCGGCUUCGUUCCCGACCCCAGCGGCGUCUUCUGGGGCGUCGAGAACAGCGGUGAUGACUUCGCCCGGACCGAGAACGGACAGCAACGCGACAUUCACCAGGACAACCCAGCAGAGGAGCUCAAUAACCUUGGCAACCCCCUGGACCCCGAGAGGCGCAACAUCUGGUACGGCUACCCGACGUGCUUUACCGUCUGGGACCCCUCGCCUUUUAGCGGUCUCAAAACAGGCGACCAGUUCGUCCUUUCCCCCAACAACACCUUCAAUGACGCGUCGUGCGCCCAAAACAAUGCAGUCCCUCCCCGCCUCUCGUUCCAGGCGCACUCCGCACCCAUCUGGAACACCUUCAACGCCGAUGCGAGCAAGAUGUACGUGGCCUUCCAUGGCAGUUGGGACCGAAGCCCUCCAACAGGCUUCAAAGUUGUUGAGAUUCCGUUCCAAAAACUCGACGAUGGCAGCUAUGAACCGGUGGCUCCGGCGGACAGUCAAACCGGAUACAAGGAUAUUUUCGGCGCGCCGAACCCGGCCAGCUGCACGGCAAACGGCCUCACCAUGAGCAACUGCUUCCGGCUGACUGCAGCUGCCUGGGAUCCUAGCGGCCGCGGCCUGUUCGUUGGGAGUGACAACAGCGCCGAGGGAGAGAUCUUCAUCUUGACCCCUUCGUCUUAA